ACUAUAUAUUGUUAUACUCAAUAGCAUAGCCGGCAUAGAUGUCAUGACCAAGUUAAAGUACAAUAUGGUCUUCAGAAACAAAGUUUUGUUAUGCUUCCUCCGCAAUUAUUUGAGUAGAAGAUGUCAACACACUACUGCUUCAGAUCAGUUGGCAUAUCAUAGACUUCUAGAAGAUGAAAACAAGAAAAGAACUCAAGAAAGAAUGAACUCAAUCCACCCUGUCCGUACUGUGAAAGAGUAUGCUUUGAAAAGUGGCCACACCAACGCUGCAGUGCUUGUCCCACUGUGCACUGUCAAUAGUGAGCCUUCACUACUGUUAACAUUGAGGUCAUCAAAGUUAAGGAAACAUAGAGGACAAGUUAGUUUUCCUGGUGGCAAUGUUGACAAGACUGACCGAGACUUUGUGCACACUGCAUUGAGAGAGACACAGGAAGAACUUGGACUUGAACCUUCAAGUUUUGAUGUAUGGGGACAGUUAAAUUACCUUCCAGGAUCUGAUGGUAGGAAAGUGGUUUAUCCAAUUUUAGCCAAAACUGGAGAAAUAAAUGUGGAAAAGCUUCAUGUCGACCAGGAUGAGGUUCAGGAAGCUUUUAGUGUUUCUCUGCGCCAUCUUUGUGAUCCAAAUAACUGCCGGGUGACACACUUCCGAGAUGGCCCUGGCUACACGCUGCCAGUUUACAGUGGAGCUGCUCAUAGAAUCUGGGGUCUGACUGCUGUGAUUAUACACCAGACUCUAAGCCUCUUAGCUCCAGAACUUUAUAAAGUCAAAGUUAGUAAUAAAACAUAUUAUGUCAGAAAGAAGGGAGUUCAAGUCAGAUAAUAUAUGUUUCAGUUAGUUAUGCAUUGUAUUGGAAUUUUAUUGUGAAACAAUUAACUCUUUCUCUCCAUAUUUAUUUUCCAUGUUCUAAUUAUUUCCUUAUUUGUAUUUCACUAUCCCAUUAAACUUCCAUAACCUUUUUUUUUUGUCAAUCAGAAAAUGUGUAUUUGGUAUCUAGACUUAUAAGGUACUGCACGCUCUUUUUACACAAUACAACAUUCAAGUUUAUAAACCAAAAGUUAAUGAAAUGGGGUAAAAUCAACUUUGCUUUCAUCAGUUAGAAGAAAAAGAGUUAGAUUUAUAAAAUUAUAUUUAUAAACACAUGACUUUCAACGCUUUAUAAGAUAAGAUAUUUUUUAAAUAUAUUCUGUUAAAUUCAAAUUUAUUAAUGAAUAUUUUUUCUUUCAUGAUUCAUACUAAAUUAUAAUUUUGAUUUUUUAAAAUUUGAUUUUUUUAGAAUAAAUUUAGCUGUUUGGACAUACUUAACAUACAUAAUUUUGAGGACAUGAUUGUGAUGAGAUUUUUAAAUAGUUAUUUUUGGCUUGUUUGUUAAGGUCUAGGGGUAAUUCAUUGUGUUUAUCCUGCUCACAUAUACAAGAUUUUGAACAGGCACACCGCAGCUAACAGUAAAAACAGACCAGUAUAUUAAGUUUAUAAAUUAAAAUAAAUGAUUUAAUGACUAAAAGAUAACUGAUAAAAUUUUUUAGAUAUAACCGUGAACUAAAACAGAUGCAUUAAUGUAUAAAAUAAUUUCUCAUCAUGGAUUGCUAAUUAAUAAGUGAAUGAUAGAGUUCCUAUGUUGUCACUGUUAAUUUUCUUAGCUGCUAGCCCAGGGUCUUCUUCUAAUGGUCGUAAGUCUGGCACUCAGAAGGAUGGAUCAUCCGGCUCUGUCUUAGGACGUCGGUUCGGGAUGUCCUCUAUGCUGUAGGCAAACUAGCUCCAGGGUUAGGUCGCCGCCUGUUUAGCGGUGGGGAGGGUUGGUGUUGCAGACUAAGUUUGUAGUGGUAGAAUGAUCUCUCGUAGAUGGCCGUGCUAACUCACACCAGUUUAACUUCUGUCGCGAAGGUUGCUCUAAGCCAGGCAUGUCAAACACGACCACUUUGCAUGCGGCCCGCUUGGCCACCUAAAAAAGUAAUCAAAAUAAUGUUAAACUAUAACGCUGGAAAAUAAGGGAUGACAAGCUUCUUGAAUUGAAAAAUAGUAUUUGUUUAACUGUUAAACUGAACAACGAGAGUGAGUCUGCAGUGAAAGCAAGCUAUAUUUUGUCAAAGCCAUAGCAAAUCAUUUAGUAAAUGUGAUUUUAUGAAGCCGAAGUAAUUUGUCCAGAAAAGGUGAGAGCAUUUAACCUAGUGGCAGAUAGAAGAAAUGACAUGUCAGUCAGAUUGCGUGAACAGUUAAAGAACAAAAUAGCUGAUUUUGAAUUAUUUUCAUUGGCUGAGUCAACUGAUGUAACGGGUGUAGCAGAUUUGGCUAUAUUCAUAAGGGCCUGUGAUAGGAAUUUUGAGAUACACGAGGAGCUACUUGAGUUCUGUUCUAUGUAUAACACCUCAACAAGCGAGGAUGUUUUUGAGAAAUAGCAGAAGGUGAUAUUGCAGUAUAUUUUAUCUAUCUGGUAAAGCUAGCUAGUCUAGCAAUGGAUGGCGCACCAACCAUGAAAUGAAAUGGUUUUGAUGCAAAGCUAGCUACUUGCAUAAAUAAGUGAGACUGAUGCUAAUUUUAAAUUUGCUCAUUUUCAGUGCAUCAUUCAUCAAGAAGCAUUAUGUGCAAAGCAAUUACAGUUACAACAUGUCAAAAGACCGUUUUAGUCUUUAUCAAUUUUAUUCGUGCCCGUGGUUUAAAUCCUUGCCAAUUUUCAAUGUUUCUGAAUUGCAUUGGACACGAAUUUGAUUGUGUUCACUACUAAACAGAAGUUCGCUGGCUCUCAUGACAUAAAGUAUUGAACAGAUUUUUUGCACUACAUGAAGAAGUUGUAUUGUUUCUGAACAUGAAAGGUGAAACUGUUGAACAUUUCCAAAUUGACGAAUGGGUUCGGAAUUUUCCCUAUUUGGCAUUUGCAGUUGAUCUCACUGGUUACCUGCAAGACUUGAAUUUGAAACUUCAAGGUAGAGACAAAAUUGUCACAACUGCGUGUGAUGAUGUUAAGUGCUUUCAAGAAAAAUUACGACUGUGGAUAAUCCAAAUAUGAAGAGAAAAUUUUGUUCACUUCUCAACGUGUCAGCAACUAAAAAAAAUUAAAUACGGCUACAACAUUUGGUAAAGAUGCUUUCAAUGCCGGUUUUCGUGACUUCGUUUCAUACGAGCAAGACUUUUCAUUGUUUGCAUCUCCAUUCUCAUUUGAUUCUGAAAAUGCUGCUUGUAAUGAGCAACUAGAGCUGAAAGAAUAGUAGUCAGAUUCUCUGUUGAAAUCAAAGUAUAUAGAAUUGGCUGUGCCAAAAUUUAAGUUAUUUACACUGAACGGUACGUUGAAUUGCGGAACUUUGCAGCCAGAAUUCUAGCUGUCGUCAAGCACUGAUCUAUGUGAGCAGUUUUUUUCCAUAAUGAAAGCUCCAAAUCAUAUCACUGUUCGAGAUUAUCUGAUCAAAAUUUAAGAGUCACGAAAAAAUGUUUGUUUACAUUAAUUAUUAAAAUUCAUGGGUAAAAUAUAAUCAAUCAAAUAUGAUAAAGGGCAGAUAACUAUGGUUACAAAUAUAGACAACCAUAGUGGCAUUAAUAAUACUAUAUAGUAUAUAUGAAGCAUCAGUAUAUAAUAACGCAAUGCUCAUGUAUAACAAAGCAAUAAUGUAAUGACGGGGUACGUGGUUGUGUACUCACAUAUUCCUAUAAGAUAAAAUAAGUAUAGUAAAAUAUUUACACUCACCCGUUCGUCCCUAAUGAAACCUCACAAAAUAAACUCCCCAACAGAGGAGAAUAGGAAUUCCAGAGGGCCAAUCUUAGAACACCUAGGACCCUCUUUAUAUAUAUAUAUAUAUAUAUAUAUAUAUAUAUAUAUAUAUAUAUAUAUAUAUAUAUAUAUAUGGGACAUUUUGUUGAACGAGCGGGGAAGAAAGCUAGGUGAUUUUCUCACAUGUAUCUAUAUACGAAGAUGUCAGGCUUCAGGUCAGAUUUAUGAUCUAUAUAUUCGUUGCUUACCGUGUCAGUAGGGACUUCAACGAAUAUCCUUAGUCCAGCCUGUCCAACCCUAUUCCUAUGGCGGUGCGUAUCCUACGUGGGGGGGGGGGGGGGAGGUGUGAAUAGUUAUUAAGCCACUGCGCGUAGCCCUGGUGCAGAGUCUAUUGUGUCGUUGGUCACCCGUCCAUGGACUAACAAUUAAAACUUAACCCUAGAGAGAAGCUAGUUUAUGUUGUAAGUCACUCUUCGACCCUUGAGAAUCAGUUCUUCUUGUCUUGACCAGGGGAGAUGAACCACAGAAGAAUUUGGUUUUGGGUGGACAAGAAAAUUAUAAGUAAAGUUACAAAUAAAAGUUUCUCACGAUUUGCUGGGAAAAACUCAAAUGAACUUUUGUAGGCAAGUUUCUUAUAGUCACAAUGAUAUCGGACACAAUAAAUUAACAAAAACAAUUCAAAUUGUUGUUAAUUCUUCUGUUGUUGUUUUUUUUUUUGUAAUAACAAAAUAAAAUGUAAACAACUGUUACUCAUAUUUUAAUUUCUUCAUAAUUUUGAAGCCAAUGUCAUCAUGUCCUAACAUUUCUUAUAAGACAGCAGUUAGAAUGAAAGCAUACACAUUCAUUGUGACUUUGUUACACUUUGAAUGAUCAGUGAUAAUGAGUCAAAAAUUUGUGUUGAAUAUUUUAUUGUAAUUGUCAGUGUUAGAUCCUUGUAAAGACAGCUUGCCGCCCAAUGCAUAUCUAUUAUGGGCGUAGCCAGGGGGGGGGGUUGUGUUCAAUCCCUUUACCGGCCAUCAAAUAGACUGGUCGAUCCGCCGCCAUAAGAACCUUUUGUAUGGCACGAAAAGGAGAAAAAUGCAUUAGCAGACAACUUGAUAUAGAAAAUGACAGUAGCUUGACCUAGACAACUUGAAAUAGAAAAUGACAGUAGCUUGACCUAGACAACUUGAAAUAGAAAAUGACAGUAGCUUGACCUAGACAACUUGAAAUAGAAAGUGACAGUAGCUUGACCUAGACAACUUGAAAUAGAAAGUGACAGUAGCUUGACCUAGACAACUUGAAAUAGAAAGUGACCGUAGUUUGACCUAGACAACUUGAAAUAGAAAGUGACAGCAGCUUGACCUAGACAACUUGAAAUAGAAAGUGACAGUAGCUUGACCUAGACAACUUGAAAUAGAAAGUGACAGUAGCUUGACCUAGACAACUUGAAAUAGAAAGUGACAGUAGCUUGACCUAGACAACUUAAUUUUUAUUUUUAUAAAUAGUUUUAUUGAAAUUCCUACAAAUAUAAACAUGUGUACACAAUACUUUGAAUUAUCUACCAAGUACUAGAUCUAAACCGUACUUUUAACUAGAUCUAUGUACCAGCGGCAACUCGGUCAACCUGGCUUUGAUGUUGUCAACGAGGGCAGAGGCCUGAGCUUUUCGCUCGUCGGCGUAUCCAUUUGAUGCUACUUCUUCCCUCCCCCUUAUUCUAAUGAUUCUAGUGGGAGUAUUACCAGAAAGAGGGGGGGGGGGGGGUUCAGCUAGCAAACUUUGAUACAAAGUAAGACAACAGGGGUGACAAUUAGCUUGCUAAUAAAAUAGUUAAUAUGAAUUAACUUUUAGAUACAGCUGCGAGCAUCGUUUUAACCUUCCAAGAGCGAAUCUUUUUUAUUUGUUUGUUUGUCUUUUGGCUGAUAUUUGGAUUCGACAAUUGUAAGUUUGGAAACAUUUUUUUUUAAAUUAAUGAAUCAUAUCAUUGAAUUUUCAAAUAACUAGUUAAAUGUUAACAAUACUUGCCUCUAGAUUUUGUAGAAAUGUGAAAUAUAAAUCUGGGAAUACACCAUAAAUUACAAUAUAUUAUAAUUACAACGAACGUAAACUAAUCUGUGGUAUGUUUCUAUUAAAUGUUCUUAGUGUCAGAGCCAAGUGUCUCUUAUUGUAGACAUGGAAGAAAAACAGAAGAGAAAACGCGAUAACAAGUCAGUUUACAUGAACUACUGGAAAAGGUGGUGUGGUCAAGAAACUACAACAAAAGAAUCUACUAUGGUAACUGCAAAUGAGGUGACAACAAUUUCGCCCUUAACUUUAGAAUCAACUUCAGUUAUUUCGACCACGGAGUUUGCUUCGGACUUAUAAACAGAGUCUAUUUCAUCUCCUAGCAUGUCUAGAUUAGACGUCGGUUUUUUUUAUUGGAACAAGGACAUAGAUGAUUCUCUGAAAGUACAAAUUUUAAAAGAACCUUGGGUUCCAUCCAAAGACUACAAAUUCCCAGUUUCUACAAAACGAAAUUUGCGCUUUCAAUUAAACUGGCUCAGUCGAUUUCCUUGGAUUUCAUAUUCAGAAUACACUUUGCAGAAUAUGCGUCCUAAUGGGUCGGCCAUUGGAAGGCAAAGGAACCCAUCAACGUUUAGGUCAACUCGUAUCUGAACCUUUUAGGAAAUGGAAAAACGCACUAGAGAUAUUUCAAGCACAUGCACAAUCAGAAUAUCACAAGAGAAACUCGGAACUAGCAGAUAACUUUUUGAAAAGUAAUGUCCUCGGAAAGCUAGGAAGUUAUUGGGAACUAGCAGAUAACUUUUUGAAAAGUAAUGUCCUCGGAAAGCUAGGAAGUUAUUGGGAACUAGCAGAUAACUUUUUGAAAAGUAAUGUCCUCGGAAAGCUAGGAAGUUAUUGGGAACUAGCAGAUAACUUUUUGAAAAGUAAUGUCCUCGGAAAGCUCGGAAGUUAUUGGGAACUAGCAGAUAACUUUUUGAAAGUAAUGUCCUCGGAAAGCUGGGAAGUUAUUGGGAACUAGCAGAUAACUUUUUGAAAGUAAUGUCCUCGGAAAGCUCGGAAGUUAUUGGGAACUAGCAGAUAACUUUUUGAAAGUAAUGUCCUCGGAAAGCUCGGAAGUUAUUGGGAACUAGCAGAUAACUUUUUGAAAGUAAUGUCCUCGGAAAGCUCGGAAGUUAUUGGGAACUAGCAGAUAACUUUUUUGAAAGUAAUGUCCUCGGAAAGCUCGGAAGUUAUUGGGAACUAGCAGAUAACUUUUUGAAAGUAAUGUCCUCGGAAAGCUCGGAAGUUAUUGGACUGUUCAAUUCAGAAAAGAAACGACAGCAAGAAGAAAAUAAGAACAAAUUAACAUCAAUAGUAAGAGGAAUAAUGUUUUGUGUGGAAAACAAGGCAUUCCUUUCAGAGUUAAAUCUGACUCGGGUCGGAUACAAACUUGUUCUGAAUUGGAUGAAUCAGUCCUUAAUGAAGUCAAUGUUCGUGCUUUACUGACAUAUGGCGCUGGAUCUGGAGACAAGCUUCUUUCAGAACAUUUAGCAACUGCUUCAAAGAAUGCGCUCUAUACCAGUCCACAAAUUCAGAAUGAAAUUAUAGUUAUUUGUGGUGAUAUAAUUCAGAUUCAGAAUGAAAUUAUAGUUAUUUGUGGUGAUUUGAUUCAGCAAGCAAUAAUCAAGGAAGUUAAAAAUGCCCAGUUUUUUGCUAUUCUAGCAGACGAAACUACAGAUAUCUCAAAUAUGGAACAAGUAUCACUUUGUCUCAGAUAUGUUGACUCUGAGAAUAUUAAACAGCAUAAAGUGAAGGAAAUGUUUUUUGAGUUUAUACCCUUUAAUGACGUAACAGGCGUUGAUCUAUCGAACUUAAUUUUAAAUGCUGUCAAAAGAAAUGGCCUCGAGUAUUGUCAUGGGGUUGGACAAGGCUACAACGGAGCUGCAUCAAUGAGUGGAAAUUUUCAAGGUGCUCAGGCCUAUGUUGGUAAAGAAUGUCCUCUUGCUCUGUAUGUACAUUGUAGUGCACAUUCUCUUAACCUAGCCAUAGCUGACUCAUGCUCACGGCCCGAAAUCAGGAAUUGUUUAGGUAUCGUACAGUCUGUUGGUACAUUCUCUAGAAAUUCUGCCCAACGCACUGCGGUAUUGAGGGAUAACAUUAUUAACUUUCAACAUUGCCACCACAUCAUAAAAAGAAUUUACUUGCCAUGUGCGAAACCCGAUGGGUCCACAAACAUGAAGCAGUACUACGUUUUAAAGAGAUCUCUCCGGCAAUCAUGGCUGCCCUAGAAGAAUUGCAAGCUGUUCACAACAAAGCUGUACAGCUUCUUAAUACACUCAGAACUUCUAAUGUCGUGGUAUGCUUAGCAGUGCUGGAAAAAGUCAUGGGCUACAUAUUGCCACUUUCGAAACAAUUACAAGCCACCAAUAAUUGACCUCGCUAAAGCAUUUUCACAUGUGGACACUGUUCUUAACGCCUUGAACAUUUUCAGAAGUAAUGCUGAAGACGAAUGUACACAUAUUUGUAAUGCAGCUAAAGACUUGCUGGAAGAAAAUGGAGGUAUGCUGCAGAUGCCACGUAUUUGUUGGUAAACAAACGCAUCGCUCUAAUAUUGCUGGGGUAGAUGUUAUCACUUACUACAGAAUAAACAUAUUCAUCCCAUUUGUAGAUCAUACUAUUAUUCAAUUAACGGAAAGAUUUGCAAAGCAUCGCAAUUCUAUCAGUGGACUGUCAAGUUUACUACCUCAAAGUGUGGAUGGAACAUCAGAAACAUAUUUCAGUGAAAUAAUAACCACUUACUCUUCAAUAUUACCUGAAAAAAAUAAAACUGUAAUUGAAGCUGAAUAUCAAGUUUGGAAAUGUACAAUGGCGUCCAACAAAACAUUCAAAUCUGCUUUAGAAUGUCUAAAUAUGUGUGACAAAAUUUUACAUCCAAAUAUGUAUAUUCUACUUCAAAUUUUGGCUACUAUACCAGUAUCAACUGCUACUCCAGAGAGAACAUUUUCUAGUCUUCGAAGACUUAAAAAUUAUCUAAGAAACACAACUUCUAAAAACAGACCAAACGGACUGGCUUUGAUGAACAUUCAUAAUAAUGUACAUUUAGAUUCCAAACAUAUUGUUAUAACCUUGCCAUGCACACCGCCAUCCAAGAUAGUGCAGAAAGAAGGUGCGCACUAUCAGUGACCAGACAAGUCGGAUGUUGACAUAGGAAAAACGAUUUCCGCCCAAGUAGAGAGUCAAUAUGGAGAGAUUGUGCCUAAGAUAGAUGUUGUUUGUGUACCUGUGAUGUCUUGUCAAUAAAUAUCGAUGUGCCUCGUUGAGUUGCAUGUCAUCGCAACUCUUCUUAUGCGUAAUUCAUUUUGUCGGAGAACUUGUCCCGCAAACCUCAUGCGACUCUCUGUCACAAUCUUACUAAGGAUUCGACUCCUCGGCAUAGGAUUUUCUUGAUUUAGACCCGAUCUCUAUAACUGACUCCUAAAAUCUGUCUUAGCCAUCUUUGUUGAGCCACAUUUAGUGUUUUUCAAUUUCGGCAGAUGACUAUUCACUGCACUUUAUUAAUGGAGUCCCGCCACUGGUAGAAAUGUGUAACCUCUCUUGAAUACGCUCUUGGAAUUAAGCGAAUGUAGUUUGCUUUAGAUUUAUAUCGAAAAGGGAAGUUUUAUCGUCAAAAUCAUUUGUUGGGGGGUUUUAAACUAAAAAUUCUCUGGAGUUAUUGUUUUCUUUUAAAUUCAAAACCACAUUUAGCUACGGUCAUAGAAUUUAGUAACUGUAGUUUGCUUUAGAAUAAUAUUGAAGAUAGAGGUUUUCCACCUCAAAACGCUCUGUAGGGGGAUUUUAAACUCAAAACCAUCUGGAGAGGUUUUAAACUUUUUAGGAGAGGGGUUUAAACUGAAAACCCCCAAUUGUAUUGGCUACGCUCAAAUAAUUUUUGUGUAAUUUGCUUUUUUUAUAUUGAGAGUUGUUUAAACUCAAAACCCCUUUUGGCAACGCUCAUAGCAAUUUGAGUGUAUAAUUUGCUUUUUUCUUACACUGAAGAUGUAUUUUUCAGCUUCAAACCCCGCUGACGGGGGCGUAAACUCAAAACCCCUUUGGCUACGCUCAUAGAUUUUAGAGCGAGAAAUUUGUUUUUUUUUUUUAUUGAAGAGGUAAUUUUUAGCUUCAAACUCCACUGGAGGGGAGUUUAAACUCAAAACCCAUUUGACUACACUCAUAAUAUUUUGAGUGUAUAAUUUGCUUUGUUUUUAUUAUUAAAGAGGUAUUUUUUACCUUUAAACACCGCUGAAGGGAAGUUUAAACUCAAAACUGAGUCAAAACCCAUUUAGCUACGCUCAAAACAUUUUGAGUCCGUAAUUUGCUUUUUUUAGCGGCCCCCGAAAGGGGAAAAGACGCUAUUAGUUUUGUGCGAAAUGUCUGUCCGUCCGUCCCGUUUAGAUCUCGUUAAUUACAAAAGAUAUUGAAAAUCCGACAUCACAAUAUUUUAGACCAUUCAAAGUUCUGAUGCAACGGCUACUUUUUUUUUUGUUUGAAAGCGAAAAAUCUAUUUUUUAAAAUCAGUUAUGCAAGCAGUUUUUUAAAGAGAAAAAGCUAAUUAGUAUGCAUUUAAAGUUAGACCUAAUUUAAAACGAAUAGUAAUCUUGUAAAAAUCAUUUUCCUGAACUUUGUUUACGUAGUCACAAUAACGCUAUAUAAUUUUUUUUUUGAGGAUUUGAAUAAGAGAUUGAGCGGUAAAGCGCUUGGCUUCCGAACCUGGGGUCCCGGGUUCGAAUCCUGGUGAAGACUGGGAUUUUCAACUUUGGAAUCUUUGGGCGCCUCUGAGUCCACUCAGCUCUAAUAGUUACCUGACAUUGCGGAAAAGUAAAGGCGGUUGGUCGUUGUGCUGGCUACAUGACACACUCGUUAACCGUAUGCCACAAAAACAGAUUAACUUUACAUCAUAUGCCCAAUAGAACACAAGGUCUGAAGGGGGAACUAGUUAGGCCAGGCUCACAUCUAACUUUACAUUCACUUUCACCUAUCCUUUGAUCUGCGGGACCGUUGGGGCACUACACAAGAUCUGUUAACCUUCUUUCUCCAUUCUUAUCUCUCAUUUGUCUUUGAUAUAAUUUCAUUCGGAUGUUCUUUCUGAAAAUAUUGAAGCCUGCCUGGGUUGAUCACUUCGGGGGCCGAUUUUGAGUUUGUGUUUCCACACAAACUGUCUUUUGUAACCUUGUUUAUAUUGAAGAGGUAUUUUUUAGCUUCAAAUCCUACUAAAGAGAGGGGGGUGGUAAACUCAAAACCCCUUUGGCUGCGCUCAUAGAAUUUUGAGUGUGUAAUUUGCCUUUUUUUUAUAUUGAAGAGGGGGUUUAUCGUAAAUUUUGGAGGGGGUUUUAAAAUCAAAAUCUUCCUUAACUUUGCUCUUGGGGAUUGUCGUUUGCAUUUUUUUUGUCUUGUUUUAUAGAAGAGGAGGAUUUAACUGCAAAAAACCCUGGUAGGGGGUUAUAAACCCCCCCCCCCGGUAGGGGGUUUUAAACUCGAACCCUCCUGGUAGGGGGUCUUAAAUUCGAACCCGCUGUAGGGGGUUUUAAAAUCGAGCCCCCCUGUUAGGGGGUUUUAAACUCAAAACCCCCUGGUAGGGGUUUAAACUCAAAACCCCCUUGGUUGUGCUGGUGCCAGUGAUGGUUUAGUAUUAAAAUCUCACCUAAAAUAAACCAAAUCAAAUCAGAAAAUCAGUCACUAAAUUCCGAUACCCCCCCCCCCUGUCGGGGGGGAUUUCAUUGGGGGGGGGGGUUGGCCCCCCGGCUACGCCCAUGAUAUAUAUAGAGAGAGAAAGAGAGAGAGAGACUAGUCUGACUAGAUCAAUUCCUAGAAUAUAUAUAGAUCUAGAAUUUAGCUAUUACAAGAUAAGGUUAUGAUAAGGCCAUAUUAUAAUGACUAGAUCUAGAAUCUAGAAAUCUAGAUCUAUCUUGAUCCUAAAUCUCUAUAUGUUUAGAAAAAAAAAUCUAGAUCUAGAUAUCUACAAGUCAGUCUAUAUUCUACGUAAGAGUCUGUAUAAUUUUGAGGACUCGAUAACAAUAAAAAUAACAAAAGCAUUUCAAAUUGUUGUUUAUUCUUCUGUUUUAGUUUAAAUAACAAAAUUCAACGUAUGAAACUGUUACACAAUUUGUUUUUUAAUUUCCUGACAAUUUGAAGCCAAUGUUCAUAUACCAUAGAGCGGCAUAGAAUAUGUCUUACCAAACAGCUGUUUGAAUGAAAGCACACAUAUCCAUUGUAACUUUGUUACUUAGAAUGAAAGCACACAUAUCCAUUGUAACUUUGUUACACUUUCAAUGAUCAUUGACAAUGAGUCUAAAAUGUGUAUUAAAUCUUUUUUAGUAAUGAAUAUAGUUCGUCCAUCGUAGUUCGAUGAUGACCAAUUUGUCAUCCAGGGGGCUGAGGGCCUUGCACUGGGGUUUUGUGCCUCCUCAUGUGGCUGGUGAGCCCCUCGAAGGACUACAGUAUCUGUAUAUAUACUGUAAGGAUUUUAAAUUUUUUUUUUUUUUUUUGCUUUUUUAUAGUUUUGUAUUUUUCAUGCUUAUAGCAUGCUCAGUGCACAGCAAAUACAAAAUGCUCAAGUGGGGAUAUAAAAUUGAGCUUCCAGAGCCAUUAUUGCCACUCAGCCAUACAUCCCACAUACAUUGAAACUUUUGCUUUUAAUUGGAAUUUAUAUCCAAGAUUUUAAAGUUGUGCCCUUGCUUAUGUUUAUUUCUGAAAAAUGUUUUAAAUCACAACAACAAAAGAAUAACAUUAAAAAGGGAGUUAAUACUUUUGUGACUUCAUUUCAUGAGUAAAAUAAACAUGUCAGAUCAUUACAAAUUGAAUUGUUGUAUGCUAAAACUGAUGAUAUAAAAUCUGUGUUCAGGUGAUUUUGAAUAAAAUCAAUAAUUUAAAGGAAAUUUGUUAUAUGCCCGUUUUAAAUUUACUGUUUUAAAUAAAUUUCAAAUAGAUAUGAACAAUGUUAAAAAUAGUUUUGAUGCAUUUUAGAAUUAUAUAUUUACAGAAAUUGUGUCACAUAAUCAUCAUGAAGAAGCUCCAACAAAAAUUUUAAUACAUUGAAAGGAAUUACAAAUAGUGAGUGUCUAAGCAAAAUCGUUGACUUUGUUUCAUUCUUUUUGAGAAGUGUUUUUUUAAAUUCUCAUUUAUUGUUCAUGUUUUGGGCUGUUGUUAGUUUUUU